AUGGCUCUCUUUGUGCGAUCUGGGCGAUGUCUCGGCCAAUUCAACCCCGAUCUAUGUGCGGGACAACAACAGCCAUUCUUCAAUGAGCGUGACUCAGAAACAUUCAGCAAUGCAUCUUUUGCCCAGACGACGUGGCCUAUCACGGCCUUUGCACCCAACUUCACGGUAGACUACGGUCGAGAUGAAGUGUGCGUCGGGAAUCUGUGCAACAGUGACACACUCAUGCAGGUCUCAGACUUUCCUUAUCCUGCAAGUGUCGUGCCUGCAGUUCCAUUUGGUGGCAUCUUCGGCCUGGCCCCUCCACCAUCCAAGCGGGCCGAAACAUCAGAACCCGCCAACUACCAGGCAUGGCAGGAGGGUAACAUGGGACCCUUGGUUGGCUGGCACACGUGCGCCACGCUGGCCUCAACGUCGAGUUGUCAAGGAGGUGAUGCUCAGCUCGUCUUUGGAGGUACAGACACUUCCAUGUACGAUACCAAGAAACUGCAAUCCUACGGGAUCCGAAACCCGGAAUGGCUCAGCGACGCGUUCUACCCAGUUACGCCCCCUCGCAGCAACUACUGGAGUACUUCGCUUACGGGCAUGUGGGUCAAGGGCGAUGGAAAGAAGUCAAAGAACUUUGCUGUUCCUUUCAAGGCUGGCAAGGGUGGUAGGAAGACACCCCCGCUGGGUGUUGUGGACGAAGGAUCUGAAGGACUGGGCGCUCCACUCUCUCUCAACGGUUACAAGUACCUUGUCAGCAAGACUAAUGCCAAGCCGGCCUCCGCCGCUGUCAUCGAAAAGAUCCUGAGCCAGGGAUCUACGGGAUACAACACCGACCAGCAAGAUUGGUACACUCUAUCGUGCGACAAUCUGGACAGAUAUCCUGAUCUUAUUUAUGAGCUUGAUGGAGGGAGGAGGUACACGAUUCCUCCGAAGGAUUACGUAACGCGUUUGGAGAAUAUGCCUGGAUCUGUGUGUUAUCUCAACGUCAAUGUGUGGAAGUAUGGACGUACGAGCGCUGGAGAUGCCAAGGUCGUCCUCCUGGGAAGGGCGUUUUUGAAGAGGCAGUAUCUUGUGCUUGAUUUUGAAGAUCGCACUUUUGGCCUGGCACCACUGCGGACGAAGUAA